UGAGAAAUGUUUUAUUUAACAGCAGCUGUUUGCAAACGCAGUUAAACUACAAUUUCAAUCCAUAAACACCGCGGAGAUUUAAUUAUUUGGGCAUGGCUCAGCACUUUUUUGGACAUCCUGGUUCUGCGACAUCUCAGUCAACACCUAAAGUCGCUCAUCACCGUGUUUUAACAAAGGUCUCACAAGAGGGUCAUGGACAUAGUUUAGAUCGUAACUCAGCUGGUGAAACUCUGUCAUUUGCAACCCUGGAUGAUGGCCAUGAGCUGCAGAGUGAGGAUUCAGGCGUAAAUAUCUCAUACAGAAGUUCACCAAUAAGUGAGGUGGAUGAGGUUGUCGUCCCAACCCCUAGUAACACAAGAAUAGAUGCAAUUGGGAAGAAAGCACAAGACCUUAUAGAGAGGAUCAACCAGAGUCGGGCAAUGGACCAGAAACUUAUGAACAGCUUUGAGGAAAAGUUAAUGAAGAAGGUGAGUGAGAUGUGCCAGCAGGUGAAGGAGCAGAUGUUUGAGUAUUAUGAGAAACACAGCCAAGAGAUGGAAAUGAAGCUCACAGAGCUUACAGAGGUGUUGGGGCGCAGCAGUCAGCUCGGCAUGGAGCUCCAGAGGGCCAGCCAGACACUGGCAGCCAUUAACAAGGGUCUGCAGCAAACCCCGGGCCAGUAGAUACACAUCGCACACACCAGAUAGCUCCUAUAAUACUUUCACAGCACCAGACGUGUGCUAUGACAGUCAGGACAUAAUAGUAUAAUUUGUUAAUAUAACAGAAAGACCUUAUUACAAAGGUAGGAGGUGUAGCAUGACUGGAGUAAUUUUUUAGCAUCCAGCUUACAAAGAGUGUAAAGUGUGAUACUUAAAAAAAAAAAAUUCAAAUACUCCGUCAGUGGAGCAACAUAAAUAUUAUAUUUAUAAUAAACAUGUUCUUCAGGUGAGUGAGUGAAGACUUGGAAAAUGUAUUAUUCGUAAAAAUGUAUAUAUCUUUUGAACUUUGUUUUUAUUAAAGUUCUAUCUAUAUGGACUAUAA